AUGGUCCUGCCCGCGCUCGUCGACGAGGACGCGACGCGCGUCGUCUUGGCGUUCCUGGACCGCGCGGCGCUGGGCCGCUUCGCCGCGACGUCCGAGGCCGCCGACGCGCUCGUCGACGACGCCCCCUGGGAGGCGCUCUACCUCGACGACGUCGGGCGCCCGCGCGCGGCGGCGACGCGCGCGCGGCCGCCGGCGUGGUGGCGGCGCAAGACCCGCGUGUGGCGCGCGCUGUCGCGCGGGCUCGCGCUGCGGCGCGUCCGGCCCGGCGCGUACCUGCCCCUGGGCCUCGGCGGCCUCGCGGCCGCGCCGCUCGGCGACGGCGUCGUCCUCCAGGGCGGCGCCGCGCGCGGCUUCCUCUUCUCGGACCGGUGCUGGUUCUGGGCCGGCGGCAAAAUCCGGGAGCAGGCCGGCUACUGCCCGCGCGGCGCCGCGACGGACGGCGCGGGCCGGUCCGCGCCCAGGGCAGCAAAAGAGAGCGAAAUUCCCAACUUCAAAGGCUCCUAUCUCGGCCGUUUUCCACUCGGUUUGGCUGACUUUUGGACGAGCGAUCAUCUCUUGGAACGGUCUCGAAGCGUGGAUGCUUUUUCAGGAACGCUCGCGCGCGGAACACUCAAGUUGAAGCGAACUUGA